AUGGCAUACGCACAUGUCCAGAUGUUCAUGGAAAAGUUGAAGCAGCUGAUAUACUCUACUGAUAUUCCAAUGAUCAACAACCCAUCAAUAUUACGUGAAAGGCCUCAAUUCCAAAUUCUUUAUGAAGAGCUGGACUCCAUGAUCCAAAUCCUUUUCAACCUCAAAGACCAAAAUCUGCACAGCUUUGAAAAAGUCAGAAAACUGAAGAAAAGGUUCAUAGGUGCAGCCGAAGAGGCAGAAGAUAUUGUCGAUGUCUUUCUAUCUGCUGUCCACUGUAGAAAUAUUGGAUACUCCCCUAGAUCUGAUGUCUUUCAGCCCUCUCUCCACCUUGAGGUUGUUAUGAGAUCAAUCGAGUCUAUCAAGAUAGAGUUCAUGACCAUUAACAUCGAUAACAUGAAGAUGGACUCUUCUCUGAAAACUAACACACUGAAAAUGCAAUCUGCUGGAACUUCCCGCAGUAGAAAUUCAUUCGGAUCGAAGAAAAUAUUGGAAAAUGUCGUUGUGGGGAUUGAUCGUGAUGUUGAGAUAAUACGGGACAAACUUGCUGAAGAUGGAAAGCAUCUGGAUGUGGUCUCUAUUAUUGGUAUGGGUGGAAUCGGUAAGACAACCCUUGCUAACAAAGUCUUCACUGAUCCUUUUGUUGUUUAUCAUUUUCAUGUCCGUGGAUGGGUCACUGUUUCACAGACAUAUGACAAGCGGGAUCUGUUGAUUCAAGUUCUGUCAUCCAUAGAUGAUCAAUUAGAGCUUGAAGAAGCAACGGACUCUCAGCUUCAUAAAAUGUUGCACACGAGCCUAUACUGUCAGAGAUAUUUAAUUGUCAUUGAUGAUAUCUGGAGUACAGAGGCAUGGGAUAAGGUGAAGUUAUUUUUCCCUGAUCAUAACAAUGGAAGUCGAAUUCUGCUUACUAGUCGCCUCACCAAAGUUGCUUCACAUGCAAAAUCACACGGACUCAUUCAUCAUUUACAACAUUUGACAGAAGAAGAAUGUUGGGAGUUGUUGUGUGAGAAGGUGUUCCAAGGAGAUGAAUGUCCCAAAUGGUUGCUUGAACCUGGAAUGCAAAUUGCAAAAAACUGUCAUGGAUUGCCUCUUUCUGUGAUUGUGAUGGCAGGAGUUCUAGCAAAAGAACCAAGAAGAAAAGAUGUAUGGCUAAAAAUUUCUUGUAGUGUCCAUUCGUACAUGGCUAGUGACGAGAAAGGAUGUCUGGAAACAAUAGCAUUAAGUUACGACCAUCUGCCUCUUCACUUGAGAGACUGCUUUCUCUAUCUGGGAGGGUUUCCAGAAGACUACCCGAUCUCCUCACCAAGGUUGCUUUGGUUAUGGAUGGCUGAGGGAUUUAUACAAGAAGAUGGAAGUCGAAGCUUGAAGGAAAUUGCCAAGGGUUUCAUGAUGGAUCUAGUUGACAGAAAUCUUUUAAUUGUAGAAAAAUGGUAUGUUUCGGGUGAUGUCAAAGUUUGUAUAGUCCAUGAUCUUGUGAGGCAGGUAUGUGUGGAAAAAGGAAAAGAAGAAAGAUUCUUCCUGAAAAUAGACUGGCCACCAUCUAAACAUCAUCUCUAUGAGGUAAUUAUCACACAUAAGCAACGCCGUGUGUUUACAAAUCAAGAUAUUGACAUUAUGAGUUUGUCUCAUCCGCCCACCCCAAGUAUUCGAUUGCUUUGUUGCUAUCAUACCAAAACAACCUUAACUCACAAUAUCUCAAAGUUUUUCCACUCCUUUGCACUUCUUAGGGUGUUAAGUCUAGAAAGAUGUAAAUUGAUUGAUUUUGCCCCCUGUUUAGCAUUACUAAUUCAUUUAAGGUACCUUGAAAUUUGGCUGUCAUCGUUCCCAAGAUCAAUAUGCAAUUUAUGGAACCUUCAAACCCUCCUUGUUAGAACAAGUUCUAGUUCUAUAAUUUUACCUAGUAACAUAUCAGAUUUGGUGAAUCUGAGGCAUUUAUGGUGUAACGCAGAUCUUUAUCUUCCUUCUAUUGGAAAACCCAUGAAACUACUGGAAUUUAUUUCGAAAGUGGUGUGGGGAGAAGGGGUAGAUAAUUUUCAGAAAUGUUUUCCCGGGAUCAAGGAACUUACAUCUACUCUUUACUCCGACAAGGAAAAUGAUUUUGAAGUACUCCAUGACCUUCAAAUCUUGCAGUUAAUUGGGUCGGGCUACAGCAGAAGGAGAUCAGUUGAGGGAGAACUCCCCAUAGGUGAACCAAACUUGGGAAAGAAUCACAUUAUAAUUAGGUUCCCUGCAACACUGAAACAACUUUUACUUGUAAGGUGUGGUCUACCAUGGAGCGACAUGUCGAUCAUUCAAUCGUUACCUAAUCUUGAGUUUCUUGUAAUAAAAGACAAUGGCUUUGAGGGAACCUUGUGGGAAACAGGUGAGGAGCAGUUUCAACAACUGAAACUCUUGGUGCUUGAAGAGUUAAAUAUCAAACAAUGGGAAGCCUCAAGUAUCAACUUUCCAAGUCUCCAACUAUUAGAAGUGACGAAUUGCAUUGAUCUUGAAGAGAUACCCCUUGAAUUAGGGGACAUCUCAACGCUUUCAUAUGUUGUAGUUGAGAAUUGUGGUGCUUCUCUUCUGGAAUCCCUUCAAAAAAUACGACAGGAGCAAGAUAAUGUGGGAAACGAUGAACUGAAGAUCAUAGUUGAUGGAACUUAUAUUCCCUCCUGUGAACCCAAUCAUGACGAUUAA